AUGUCGUCUGCUGUUGCUCCCAAAGACGACGCUAACAAUGUGUCAGAAGUAUCUGCCAACAUUGAGUUUGAUGAACUAUUCGACGUUCCUGACUCAAUUCCUCCCAAGGAAGUGGAUACAUGCGCUAGUGAAAAUAAAAAGGAGGUAACAUCCGACGAACAUACUCAGCUGGAGAUGGAUCUUGACCCGUCUAACUCAAAAAAUGACUCCGUUAACAGCACAAAGGAGUCGGAAAAGGAGCCUGCCAAGUGCAUCUCCCCGAUCCAGUGGGAUUUACUGAGUGAUGGUGAACAGCUGCAAGACACCCUUCAUGUUGACGCUCCGGAAGAUGAGUUUUCUAGGGAAGAGGAAGAGGAAACUCAGCCAAAAAACAUACUUGAUGCUAGUACGGAGAGUUUUUCUCAGGAUUCUUUAAAGGAUACGGCGGAUCACGAAUUGCCUGAAGACCUUCGUCGCAUUUUCGUAAACACACGAUAUUUCCUGAUAAAGAGCAAUAAUCACGAAAAUGUUGAUAUUGCAAAAAAGAAAAACGCUUGGGCAACUCCGACUGCAAAUGAGAGCCGCCUCAACAAGGCCUUCUUCGAUUAUGACAACGUUAUACUCAUAUUCUCCGUGCGAGAAAGUGGCAGAUUUCAGGGCUACGCGCGGCUCUCAUCGCCCUCAGACCCACGAAUGCAUAUUAGUUGGGUGUUACCACCUCGUAUGUCCUCUAACUUAUUAAGCAGUCCAUUCAAACUUGAUUGGAUCAGCAAGUAAGAUUUGCCAUUUUUGUUACCUUGAUGUUCAGACAAGAGCUCCCGUUCCCGAAAACGGUCCAUCUUAACAAUGCCUGGAAUGAAAACAAGCCUGUUAAGAUUGGCCGAGAUGGACAAGUAACACUUGGUGAACCUUUUUAACUUAAUACAUUUAGGAGAUCGAGCCAGUCUGCGGUGAGGCGCUCUGCCGUCUGUUUCCGGUCGACAAACCAUCGAAACUUCCGGACAUUUUAUCAAAAAUCGAAAGUCACAAACCCUCUGGAGACUCCCACAGACGCAACGCCUUUGAGCGACUUGGUAUGGCCGAUAACUCCAGGCCGCACGGCGCGGGGUCCAGGCGUAUGCGUGAUUUUGGUUUCCAGAACUCGAAUUCUGUCGGCCUUUUGGGUGCAGCCACUGGCGCACGCUAUCAGACUGGAAACCGACGUUCUAUCCUCCCGGGGGUAGGCUUCCCUGGAAAUAGCACUAAACCGAGUGCCUCUGCGACGCCACUUAUGCAGGUGAACGCGACUGCUGCUGCGAUGGCUGCCGCUGCUGCCAUGGCGGCCAUGACAAAUCCAUCUGCGGUACGAGGACCCGUGGAUCCUACACGUUUGUCCGCCAUGGACUUUCCUUUCCUCAUGGCGUCUAAUCCUCAGUUAUUGCCUCAACUUCUUCCACAGUCUGCAACGCUGCAAGGACCGUUUGAGCGGUUGCCGAUUGGAGGCAAUCCAUCAGUUUCCUCCCGUCUUGGACUACCGACUGGAAUGCCGGGGCCUACGCUAGGCCGAAUGGCCUCAAACUCAGCGUCCGAGGCGUUCAACAUGGAGCCCAAAGAAUCCUCUCAACGACGGUCCAGGGGAUAUCCCCGUCGAAGCAGUCGUCGUGGUCGGAGCCGUUCAUCGAGCUAUGCUAGUGAUGUUAAGGGUCACAGGAGUUCGAGUUCCAAUGGUUAUCGUUCUGGCUCAUACCGUGACCGUGAAUCCUAUCGUCGCCCAUCUCGAACGAGGUUAGGUGGCGGUGCUGGUUCCUUGGCUGUCGUGGUUCAUGAUUUUAUUUCUUUAUUCGCGGACAAUGAAUUAGCUCUCCUUUGGAUUAAACCCCUACGGGGUUCUUCCAUUAGCCACACGCACGCAUACCAUGCCUCUACUAUAACACUAACUGAACUAUCCCCUAGGAUGUCAGAUCGUACACAAGAUAGCAUCCGUCUUGUUUAUCAAUUUCCUAUCUUUAUGGAUUGCUACAUUUGCACUGUAUUUUGCCUAUUGCUAUUUUGCUUGACUGUCAGUUUUAAGGAGUUUGUUUUAUUAGUAUUUUCAUUUGUACCUGUGAAUCAGAAGUCGUGCUGUCAUCAUCGGCCUUGUUUUGCACGGCUUCGUUCGACACCACGUAACUUUCUCGAAUGGGCGCCCUAAAGGCCUUGUUCAGGCGGCCGGGCCGAAGUAUCUGACAACAAAUUACGAAUGCCUAAUCGUUUUUUCCUUUUCACGUCAAAAUUUUGGAAUCAAGGAGCAGGGCAUCUCGUGAACGCUCUCCGCCUCGUCACCAGUCUGCCUGUAAGUCCGUUCAUGCUUCCAUUUUUUGUUUAAGGAGGGCCGCAUUUUUAGUCAGUAGCGUGUUUCCCAGAAGCGUCACCUCGAUUUGAUAGAGUUUCAUUCGUCACUAGCCUGGGACUCCCUGCAGCAAAUUUUCAAGCGAGUGCUUACCUCUUACAGCAUGGGCAGUAAUCUUCAAGAUAUUCGCCCGAAUGUAUCAUACAGUUUCUAUCGAUUCGAGACCUAUAUUGCCACGAGUCAACCUAGCCAUUAGAGGUUAGAAUUGUUCAAGGAUAAGCUGUGGAGAUUGUUGGUGAUGUGAGGGUGAUAUUGAAGGCGACGACGCCAGUUACUAGGUAGCUCCGAAGGUUCUGUCUGUCAUAGCCUUCUGUCUUUUCUAUGACCCGUUUUGAUUAAACAGAACUGUCCUUCUUAAUACUAGUUUUUAGCUAUCGUGUUCGUUUCUUGAGCUUCCGUGGCGCCCUGUUUGAGAAAAAAACAGCGCAAACCAGCUAGAAUCGGGUUCUAAUCUCAAGUCUUCGCAGCUUUGGGUUUGGAUAUGGAUGAUUUGGUUAAUGUCAGCAUACGAGUCAGAAAUGGCCAUUCCAGUUUUCUAUUUUUGUGCACCAUGAUAUGCAACGAAUUGGUGUCGCCACGAUAAAUGUAACCAACGGUGAAUAUGGGACAAAAACUUCUGCAUUGUUUUUGGCGUUUAGUAGUUCAUAGUAAUACUUCAUAUUAAGACUCCACACAGAGGUAACAUGGGCAGUCGUGAUAUCUUCCCAGACUCAUCCUUUAGUGCUGUUUCAAAACUUCGCUUCCGUACGCCGUCUGCCGAAUUCGCAAUUUCGCAGUCUUCUUUAUACGGCUGUCUAUUGCUGGCGGUCCGUCAAUGUCCUCCCCUCUCGAACUACCGACUGGAAUGCGGAGACGGACGCUCUGCCAGAUGACCCCCAGCUCGGCGUUGAAGUAGACAGUCCUCCUGUCCAACUUCAUGAUGUUUCAUCUCCUGUGUAGGCUACUUUGAGUGUGCUUACUACAGUUUCUCCCCAUUUGAACACCUCCCGUCCUUCACCGCGCACCCUUCUUGUGUGUCAGCGUUUCAACGACGCAUCCAGCUUCUCGGUAGCUGGCCUAUGUAAUGUCCUCAUUUAGUAUCUAAGGCGAACGAGACAACCAGCAGUCAGCAUUUCUGCAGCCACUGCUACGCGUUUUAAAAAAAAGAGCUCUAUGGCCUGACCCGCAAAAACAUUUGCUACAACCAGACACAUCCGACUCCAGCGUCUCCAACACUAGCCGCAGUUUUCUCCCAAGUCGUGGUAGUUGAUUUUGCGCCGAAGAAACCAUACAAAACGCACAAUGAUGAGCAUCACUGCUGACGCCCCACACCAAGUCCGUGGCCGAUGGCAUUUGCAUUGUAUAUGGUCUCAGCGCACAGCGCUUAGGUCCCUGAUUCCUACACGUCCUCUGGUCAGUCAAAGCAGGGGAUUCGCACCCAAUUCUAGGACCGCCUGUAUGCUAUCAACUCUUCUAGCGAAGCAACGUAAUGCAGCUGAGCUCACAAAAGUAUCAUGCUAGAGGCAGUCCAAACUAAUCCUACAGAAAUGGUGUGCACUCAGUAAUCGCUGGGACGCAUCCCGUGCUAGCCAGUUUCUUCUCUGCGUUCGACCACCGCAUUUAUAUGGAUAUGGUAGAUGGAACUUACUCUCAAUGACUUCCACCGGGCAGGUCGUGUGACAAGCCGGGAACACGGGCCACGUCGAACCCAGUGUAUUUGGACCGAUUGAAAGAACAGCACUUCUGAUCACAUGUGGGUCCAUCACUCCCACUCAGAAAUCAUGCUUCACUCCUGCUAGUUUCGUCCUUUUGUCAUCCUACAUGAUUUGGCAAAGUUAGAAUUCAAAGUAGUUAAUAUGCAGAUGUGGUGCUGGAUUUGCGUACUCAUGUACGGAGGAUUCUUUGAUCGAUUUCCUAAUGGUAGUUGCCGCGACGCCUGGCAGAUAGAGGGUUUAGCCGAAAGAGUGUGUCGUUCACUUUGACUUUGCUUUCUGUCCUUUUAGAUCACCGGGACCCAAGGAACAAUGUAGGAUCAGUUUCGCCAUCAAACAAGAACUUUAUUAAUUGGGUGAGUAAUACAUGUAAUCCUUUGAUUAGACUACAUGCGACCCCGCUAAUCUAGUCGUUUCCGCCCUCCACCAGGACAUGCAGAUCUCACCAACCGAGGUGUUUUAGGUAGGGCAUUUUCGAUAUGCUCACGAAUCGCGAUUGCUCAAGAACACCGCAUCUGCCUGGGGGCACGCGCGGUUUAGUUUCAGCAUCAUGUGUGCAUGGAGAUACUUUCGUGGCUCCAUGUCAUUCGACCAGUUGAAAUAAAACUACUGGAAUAGUUCACUGUCUCAUUGGUUUGGUGUGAGGCAGGAAAUCUCUUCAAUUCAGCAAAUCGUAAUAAUUAGUUGCGUUGCAGGCAGGGUCGUAAAACAUCGGAAAAGACCAAGUGUAACGUUAAAGGCACCUUUGCUGUCAGGCGCACUCACCUCCUCGCUGCUGGCCACAUAAGUGAACAAAAGGUGCACUUGAGGCAGUUCCGCGACUCGAAAACUGACGCGGCAGCUGCAUAGUCACUAUAUUUGAUUACGGCCAUUGCCCACGCUGUCGUAAACAUAAUUUUUUCUAAUGAAACCAACACAGGAAAGGCGUUGGCUGGGAAAACGGGCAUUUUAUUUGUCAACUGGGUCAACCUUUUGAAUCCGAAGGUAAUUGAAUUUUUAGCCCAGUAGAAAGAGGACGGCCAAAUCGAUGUGUCCACUAGUCGGAGCGAAAAUCCGAUAGGCGCCGUAAGGAUAAAGAUGUUCCAGUUUCAACCAGCCCAAAGCCAUUUACUAAUGCCAUAAGACACUCCUUUGUAAUCCCCUUGAUGUAACACGGUUUCCAUCUUUGUGAUUUUGUCUGAAUUUGCAAGCGUACUUUUGCCGUUUCUACCAAGAGAUGUAGUACGUCUGCAGCAGGCUAUAGUAGGGAGGUCUUCGUGACGUAUACGGUUAAGAUGUUUGCAGUAGCGCUCAAUUUAGCUUCCGAUUGCACAUAUUCUACAUCGCCCCCUGUCGGAACUUCGAUUCCAGUGAAAAGGGGGAAGGGGUUCUCCUUUAAUCAGUUGCCUUAGUGCCGCAUGAUCUCGUCACCUUGGCUGCUUGAAUUUUGACAAGCAGUGGCAUUUUGGAUUUGUAGUUAGAUUUUAUAGUACUGGUUUAGAUCUCGUAUCACACCACUCUCCACUUGUUACUGUAGUUGGUCUUUUUCCGAAGAACAAGAGGCUUCUUACCAGGUCCAUCCCCAAGGAAAACAGUAAAAAUAAGCAGUAUUUAUAGUGUUUAGUCGACAAGUGGCCGAUGUCGCCUAUCUGGAGAUAUGCUCGCAAGUUGGUGCUUUGAAGUACUCGUUGUCGCCUUUUAUUAAGUCCCAAAAGGGAUAUCAGGCGUCUAUUACUUUCCGGUUCCCCUUAUUGACGGUCACUGCAGUCAUCUUUCUGCCGUCAAAGAUGAAUUCCUGGCUUAUCUUCAGUGUGGACAGCUUUCCUUACUUGUUCGUCCUCUCUCAAAUCCUAUUCGCGCCGACGCAAUCCCAAUCAUCGUCCAGCCUGACGGGCGUAGUUGCGUGAAGUCUGAUAGGCCGGAUUCAGCGUCUACAUGAUUUUUUAUAUGCAGUACCCAACUACUCAUCUUGACCUCAGGUCGAUAGUGUGACAGUGCGUCCCGUUGUUUCUGGAUCGGCCCUCCCUUAUAGCCAAGAAUGUUAUCGCUUUGACGAAUUCCGAGUUUUGCGCAGUCAUGGGCGAGUAUGCAAGAACCGGCUAAUGAGACCCUUAGGCCCGUUCACUUCAUUCUGGUCUGACGUUCCUUGAUAAAUACUUAUGGUGAGGCUUUCGUUGACCAUCAGCCGAGCCUGUGUCAACCCUCUGGUCUGUUUCUCUGUCGGUGAGUCAAGCAUUCUUCCGGGAAACCCAGGCAGUUGAGUCCCCCGAGUUCUCGCGAGCCGCGGCUUGAUAUUAAAAAUGACCUUUGUCAGUUCCCUGGCUCUUACAUUCUCCUCACUCCAAAACUGGCAACUGGUCCCUACCUUGUGUUGAUGGCUCAGUGAACGGUCAAACCGGGUUGCGAACUGUUUUAUCGUAUGACCAUUACAUAACGAGGGUUGUCAGGUAGUCCGCGUAUGGCGACGUCGGCCAGGCAUGCGGCAAUUGAAUGAUAAUUCGUGCAAAAGUAUCCUUGUGGUCCAGCCGUUCUUGAAACCACCGCGUUUUCGAAUCCUAAGGACGCUGACCCAAUAAGAGGUGUAAUUCGUUUACGUCACCAAUAUUCAACUGUAUGUUGCAUUUUGUCGGGAGGCAAAAGUAGCUUGAAACGGCCGCUUCAUACUACAGCAGUCAGACCUUGGGCGCUCCGACGGGCUGCUACUCAUCAUGUCGUUCAGUGUUUGCCGAGGUACGGCUGCAUGUAAUCGACGGAUUUUGUAUAAUAUUCUCGAGUGAAUCCCACAGAACGACAGAUUACCGUCGUUGUGCUGGCCCCCAAACAAAUGUUUGAAAUACCCUACCGAUUCCAGCCCCCUUUGCCUAUGCCUCCAAUCUCCUGUCUUUUACGGAAUUCGCGUCGCCCCUUUGUCUUUUGCUUCCGGUCGGAGCUAAUUUUGGUUGAAAAAAGAGCCGACUCCUGGCUUAAAUGCAUGUGCCUGCAUCGCAAGUUAUGCAACUUUGCCAGACAGUUGGACGGUUGCGUACACGAUUGUAAAAGAAGUAUGCGGCAAUUAUUCUCCGCUGAACUGUUGGGGCGACCUCUGUCCAUACACACAAAUACAUAGAGUAGUUUUUUACAAGUAACCCGCUGAGUCGAUGCAUCACCAUUUGAAUGCGAGCGUUGCAAACUACUUUUCGCAGUUAGUUGAUCACACUGCCAAAGUUGUAUAAACGCGACCGAACUCUGACUACACACGACAGUUCGGCUCUUGAUUUUUGACCGUGUGCUCCACAGCUGGGUGGGAGGAGGGACGGCGACUUGCACGUGAAUUAUUUUAUUGGGAUAGCGGACUUGCGAAGCAUCUACCUCAUUCUCUCCUCCACCCGGGCCCCUUGUCGUGAUUAAGUCAAGAAAACUGGGGACGGGAGUGGUCGCGGGUGACUGGCACAACAAAAAACCGCACACAGACGUACUACCACGCGCCCUGCUCCACAAAAAAUACUUGACCAGGAUUUUAGAUUACAAAAAUGGGGGCGGACAGCACGGACCCCGGUUGGCGCGACAUCAGACGGCAACUGGACGCACUACCACACCUCAAUGUUGGCAUUUGGUAUGGGUGCGCAUUUCCGACAACGUGUGCCAGAAUCUGAUGUAGCCCUCGUGUUGGUCCAGCGCAUCCACCGCCUGACCCGUUUUAGGGGCAAUAUAACCCGCUGGGUCCAUACAUCACUAUUUGGAUGCGAGCGUUGAAAACCCUACUCUUCACAGUUAAUUGAGUGUACUGCCAAAGUUGUGUAAACGAGGACGAAGAGUUUACACGAACCUUGCUUCACCAACGACUCCACCCAUGGGGGCCGCUAACCAAACGGCACACAGUAGUUAAGAUAGGUCUAACUGCUCUAAUGUAUUGCUAGUCGACGACAAGUCUGGGACAAGCCCAUCGCGUGGUAAUUUUUCCCUUCGAACGGACAAAAUUAUGCCUUAGGCACUUACCCAUGUGUACCCCGUAUGAGUGUCUUGUUGUUAGAAACCUCUGUUCUGGCUAGCCUUGCAUUCCACUUAGUCUUAAAACCGUAAUUACGGCAACUUCUAGCCCUUUUCGUAUUCAUUUUCAAAAGUUGGCUUUUCGGAUAGUUGGUAAUUACAGUCAGUGAAAGACGGCGUACCAAAUUUCACUAAGUUGGAGAGCCUGCCGGACCGUCGGACUUGUCUUUGAAAAUUGUUAAUACACCACUUCCAUGUUGAUUAGCUCUCAUGUCCUUAUUGUGUCCAGCUUGAUCACUCGUACUCACUAUUGUAACUGGGGUUUUAGAGCCACUUGAAGAAGUUUGUUUUUUGUUUUAACCGGCCGCACUCCCUCUGUCUAAACCAAUCACAAAGUUCGUGACCCAUGUAAAAAGCCGAAAGGCUUCGGAGUUGAAAGUAUUACACGAGGUCGCGCAUUAAUUGAUUACUGUUUCUGGAUUCGGCGUAAAAACUUGUGAGCUUCAUGCAAGGCCUUUUCAAGGGGUAGUCUAGGACACUAAUCCAAACCCAUAGUAUCGAGAAGCCUCAUUGACAAGCCACACCUAGCCUGCACUUAUCAUGUCGUUGUCCGAUUAUCCCUUUGCUUCUGGGGAUCCCUAAUGCAGAGUUGAGUAUCUCAUUUAGCUCGGUACCAAGUUCCUAAGUUAAGUUUAUAAUCGAUGAAGAAUUACUUGCAGUUUGUACGCGACCCGUCUUCGUCAUCGUUUCGCGUGGGCCAAACUGGUUUGGAGUACUGCGGCGCAUGGAAGGUCCACAGAGAACGGAAGGGGGAGGGAACAUGAGGGAAGAGGUCCAUAAAUGCCGCCAUGUCCUGUUUAGGCGUCAGAUAUGUAGUACCAAGCUGUCUUAUGGGAAGUCGUCUACUCAUCUGGUGGGUAAGCUCACCCAACCCCGCCUGCCAAAACGGGUCCAGUGUCCGGCCACUCAGGGGGGCGACCAGUCCGGACUGCAAAGGCGGUGCCAAAACCUAUAAGAGAGUGGAAGCGAAUAGGCUGUCUACCGCGCUAAAGUUUGUCCUCUGGACUUGGCUAAGAUUGCCCAUCUGAAUCCCUGUCCUUGGUAUAUUGUGUGAUGCGAACCUGUUACUAGGCCUCCACUGCGUCUUCGCAGCCCACCGCCCUCUAAUAAAACAGACAUUUUUUGCACCGACAUGACUCCGCGAAAAAUGACUGUAGCAUUCUGACAGUCUAGCGUUUUGUUUAUUUUCCGCCAUCACCAAGGACUUAACAGUGAGGCUUGAACCUACUAAAUUUCUUAAUCAACAAGCAAGCUCUCUCCCUUCAUAUUUCGCGCGAAUUGAGACUGAAAUCUGUAGAUUUUGAGGAGCAUGUUUUGUGGAGAAGACGCCGAAGGAGCGCUUGUCGUUGACGUCCCAUUGUAAUUCAUUGUUUAUGCGUCCGUCGCUUCCAUCGCUACAACCAAGUUGUUCUACAGACAAAAUAUCCAGAUUGCCCAUGCUCUGUGUAAACGAAUUUAAAACGAGUAAAGUUGGCUUCAGGCCUUUCAGCAUUCAACCUUGAGUUCUCAGAAGAUAAGUGAAUCCAUCGCGUACACUUAAAACUUUUAUACAAACUUUGACCCUAUGCAAAUAGCGCGUCUUCGUACCUGAAGUGGCACACGCACACAGGCGAUUCAGACGAACCCUUACAUGCUUUGGAAACGCUUAAACUACCACUCGGGUCUUUAUUUGUCAUUUGUGUUUUAUUGCGUUGGUUACACCUGACUCAAUAUAGAAUUAGACAUCUUCUAUAGGUGACUGUUCCGAACAGUGAGCGCAACCGACUGCAUGUUUGUUGAAUGCGCACGCGCGCGACCACUCUGGGUAGCUUCAAACACCCGUGGUCGGUCCUUGUUGUUUUGGAAGCCGAAAACGUAACUUCUGCAGCGGGGACACAGUCUGAAUGCCUUUGAUCACUGACAUUUACAAAUAAUAACAAGGUCGUACGAAGUGCAACUACCGUGUCUGCGUCAUGGGAGUCGUAUUUUAUUGAUAAACCAGUUUGGAAGUCCAUGGGCUUUCGCUGACUUGUUCGACUGUUUUUUAGCACAGAAACCAGUUCACUCAAACUAGCCCGGUGUGGAUGACCACGUAACAUUGUUUACCUUGCUGGUCGCUGACAACCGAAGUCUGUGUACAGCGUUUGUGGAUGACUAUGAUUGCGGGUAUGUUAUUAAUGGCGAAACCGACGAUGCCGUUCCUGCCGAUGGUGGCGGCGGUGGCGAAUGAUAUACUUGCUUCAUGCGAAAAUGCCGCAAAAGUAUGCGUAGAUCAGUCAAGUAAUUUUGUUGCGAUCCCAUAGAUUAACGUGGUUAUCUGUUAACGAGUAACGUAACAGGAAAUUAGGGAACGUUUGCAUGCCGAAUGAACGGCCUCGCAAGCAGAUUCUGCUGGAGUUUUCAAACGUGACGUCCUUACUUUCGUACUUUACGUGACACGGCUUCAUGCAAUGCAGGAUACCGGUGGGGAAUUUUUAUACGGGCAUACGAUUUACACGCGUCCAGUAAGUUUAUUCCAGCAGAGCGAGCACCUAAGCUUAUAAUCCGAGGUUGGAAAAAUGGUGUGGGCACUUAUAAGGUCAGAAGUCAGGCUAGCUGCAGGUAUACGUUUUGGAGUUAGUGAACUUACACUCCGCUCUGCCUGCCUCGAACUGCUAAAGCGUUGUUCAUUCGCCAUUAACUGUGGGAUCGUGAAUGAUUUACUUCAAAGCCGUAGUAGAACGGAUGGAGAGUAUUCCUCCUCCCCCUCCCGCGUGUACAGGCAGUAAGCCGAACUUCUCAGACCUAGUUCGUGCGUAAGGUUUUUAAAACUGAACAGUGUCCUCAUGGUACGAUUAAGUGCGUCCGGUUAAAACAGUCAACUUCACCACGUCUAACUAGGGCGAGGUAAUUGCUCGUAAAUACCCGGUAGUAGUCGGGUCAAGGGCAUAGUCAAAUUCAGGAACCAUCUAUGCUGAGUCAGCUUUCUGUUAUAGUAGGGCGAGUCUUUACAGGCAAUGUCAUGCGGCGUUGAUUGCACUUUGUUUAUACUGGUUAAGCUGUCUUGCGGUUAGCGAGUAGAUUUGCCGGAAGUAGGAAGAAUUUCCUUAAAUGACAGUGCCUUCUCUCUGGCCGGCACCAGUCUCUGCUCCAGUGCAUUGCACUACACCUCCACGCAAUACGAUUUAAUCUACUUACUGUAUUUGCACCAUAAUUUUGUACCAGAAUGUCCGCUCAGGUGUUAUAUUCUGCCUGCGAGUUCGUGUCCGCUUCUGUCGACGACGAUGAUGAUGAGAUCCAUAGAAGCGGAAACUUUGCGGGUGUUGUUUGCUUCAGAAGCUUGUGUUGGAUUUCGAAUUGUUCCAGAGAACAAGCUCUGUUUCCAUGCUGGGACGAAGGAGGUAGAAGGUAGCCGAAAGCUUAAGUUGUUUUUCCUUCCGUAAAACCCAUCUGGCGUGCUCCCAAACUGCCCGUUACAUCUUCAGUACUGACUCGCAACUUUGGUUUUGCAGGCAGUUGUCCAGAACUCCACUGACUCCAUUAGACGCCCGGUGAAAACCGCCAUCUCAUAAGACCUUGAGGAAUAGCCGGAUUCAGCGCCAGGAGCCCAUCUGCCAUGAAACUCGAUUGGCUGAGCUAAUUGACGUGCCAUCCGAGAUUAUUUCGGCCGAAGUUGAAAAUGUUUACCUGUUGACUCACUAACGGGCACUUUUUGCCUAUUUUGAGCGGUCAUCCACCUGCUCGUAUUCCUCAAAAAGGUUAAGUAUCAUGCCUGCAUCUUAUGACGCGUUGGAACAGGCCCAUCUGUCUGCCUCCGUGAAGUCAUGCGUCGGAGACAGAAAUCGAAAAUAAUGAAAUUCAGACGAGCAUUUGGUGAACAUACGUUUGCUUCCGAUAAAUUCUCGUCAGGCCAGUACAUCUAUAUGGGAACGAGGUAGAAGUAAAAACAUGUCAUCGAUUAAAAUUCGUCUUAAAACACAGGCGGGGUGUAGGCGUAUGCGGGGAUGGGGGCAGGGGGUAAUAACAGUCAGUGUCAGGGACGGGGUGAGAGCGGAAUGGCGUGCGGAGAGUUGCAUGGUUAGUCGACUUUUGGUCGUGGUAGGCACGGAGCCUGAACUUGGUUCUUUUGCGCACACAAUAAAUUACCAAAAACACAGCUAUCGGCAUAAAAAGGACCUUUUUGUAUACUAGGAGAGUAAACCAUUCCCGUUGAAAGCGUUGGCUGACAAGGGCAGAAACACUAAACAUUUCUGGCUUAUUUGCCAUUAUCAACCAGUAACGCCAGCAUCCGGGGCUGCUCAUCUGAGAUUCGGAUCCCGAAUUAUUUGAUCAUCGGUGCACUAACGGUGGAGAUCGGGAUCGUCUACAGCAGUCGCCUGCAAACUGCCAAAGCUAUAACUUAAGCGUAUGUAACGCUGUCUCCGUUUCGUGGGGUGAGGUAUCCUCUGCAUAAUUUUUGUGUGAUGACGUUGUCCGACCCCUGCACGGCUUACCUACGGGGUAAUCUCGCAAAACUUCUGUCCUCAUAUUCUAGGAAGAUCUUGUUCGUCAGUAAUAUUCCAUGCGGCCAACUAGCGAGUGCGCAGUCCCUUAUCGCACACAGUCCGGGAAAUUGCAUUUUUUAAAUACUGCAAUGCACCGAGCUCGUUGGCGCCGUGCCUUACGGGCCUUUGCGUACAAGGUGAUCCCUUAAAGCUCUCCCUCACGGAGCGUGUCAUCAGGUGUAGUUACCCAGGACUGUUGCGUGGGCACUGGUGGGUUUCCAUGCUUGACAGUUCGACCGUCGCGAACGACGAUGUCCACACCGUGUGCCCCUCAGCAUGGCGGGCGCAGGAACGGCAACUUGCGCGUGAGAAUUAGUUUGCAGUGAUGAUGAACUUGGGCAGCAUCUACCACACUCCCCUCUCUCCCUACCUGAACUUGGUGUCAAGAUCGAGUCACCAAAACCAGAGGUGGACGCGACUCAGUGACGAGCAAGGUCCGUCUGCGCGGGCCACACACGCUUCGUCGGCGCACAAAGGGUCAGCGUCCCGCAAAACAUGAAGGCGACGACUCGGAUCCCAACUGAGAAGUUGCCAUACUUUGCCAUUACGAAAUCCCAGCUGCCAUAGUUUUUUAUGCGUCAUAACGGGACUGCACAAUGACGGGGCUGCCAUCACUAGUUUUACACUCGCUUCCUUUUUCCCCGACCGGUUUGGGAGCGGAAUUUUGGGGGCCGACCCCCCGUCGCUACACCACACACACCCGGCCGUUUGGCCGUCGUUUCCGACGAUGUCCACCGCCUGCUCUACAGCAUGUGCAUUAGUUUGUAGAGAUAGUAGUCUUGCACUGCAUCUACCGCACUCCUUUCCCGUCUGGACAUUGCGUCAAGAUGAUCGGAGUCUGGACCACACCCCCUGGUCCGAAACGUAAACUAGUCAGGAUUUUGCACAAAGAAAAAUAUGAGAGGGAGCGGCUCGGACUCCAACUGGCGUGGCGUAGGCCCGCAUCUGGGCUUGCCACCACAACUUUAGCAUUUGUUAUUGGUGUUCCUUCCCAUUAACGCCUGCCGGACCUCGGUCACGCCCCAGUGUUGGUCAAACGCAUCUGCCGCGUGGCCCGUUUUGGGGGCAAAACAGUGUGUGGAUUAGUAGUGGGGUUGUGUGGGCUGUCUGUAGAACGCGCGACCGGGCUGUCGUGAAUGAAUGUACAAGGAAUGUUGUCAUGAAUUGAGCGUUUUCCCUUUAGUUGUGUAAACUCGCAUCUGCACUGCCAGCCUGAAUCAAACAGGGACUCAGAAAUGUCGAGCUCAAAAGGUGCACUUGUAAAUGUCCAAACGAUUGCUCCGUUAUAAAAUGACUAAGUAGGUUCUGCUGCGUCGUACAAUUGUACCAUGUGGAAGAUCCACUUUCUUUUAUUACAAGAGAGAGACAAUUUUAUCACCAGGACUAUCCCUUUAGACGGAGCAGGCCAAACUUAUCUCACUCGGUGCCUAAUUUGGCUCCUUUUUCUUCGCGUCUUUGUCCUGCUCUUACGUAGAUGCCAUGAUUAGUCAUUUAGGUCUUUCGAUACGUAAUUAAUCAAACCCUGCCCAAAGCCUGAACGCUUUUCUAGGCCCACGAAACGGGGCUGGGGAUGCGGGCUUCAGCUCCAAGGGAACCAGUCAACCGAUAAUUACGGAAAGCGGCAUUAACUGAGCUACCCUGGUUGCUGGAUUUUGCACCCCUCAAUUUAUCAUCCACGGACAAUUGCAGGACAACAAACGCGACCGAUUAAUAAGACGCACCUUUUCAUGCCAAUAUUCGCAGUCUUGAAUGACAAAGCGCGACCCCUCAUUUCGGUGAUUAUACUGCUGCACUCGCUGUUUUUAAAUCAGAUGACUAGGGUCCAACUUGCUGGUGCUGCCACUGCAUUAAAGUGAUGGCUGGCUGACUGUUAAAAAGACGUGUUUACCGGCCUCUUAAACUGUCCGGUUUUUGGACAACAACACGUCUGCUGCUCACUGGAUGCUCGUAAUCAAGCUAUCCAUGAAGUCAGAACCAUCCUGUUCGCGUAUAUGUCGCAGACCCCCCUUAGUUUGUCACUUGUGUUGACCAGAAAUAAAGAGGCGGCCUGGACCGUUCAAGAACAGGCAAUAGACAGUUCUAACUACCACGCAAAAUCUAGAAUAAUAGGUGACUGGGCUAAAUCUCCAAUGUAGCGUUAGAGACGGGAACUUUUCCACCCAACUCUCGGCUUUGUCAGGGCCUGGUCACUGUUGAUGCUACCUCUUUCUCCCAUCUUGUCUCUGAGACUACGAGUUCUUCCGGCUUAUUUUCUAAUUAGGGCUCCGCUUACAAAACCAGAUAUGGAUCGGAGACUUGCCCCGCGACCUUGUAGUACUCACGUUGGCCUGAGCAACGGUCACCAUGAUCGCUACAUAUCUGUUUGGUCGGCCUACCUCGGGACUGCUCACAACUCACUCCACCCUCAACUUUCUCGGCGCUCUCGAGUUUUCCGAGGCAACACUUCCCUUGAAAGUUUUAUUUGAGAAUUCAUUCGGGGAUCACUACACUUCGAACAGACAGGCCGGAAACGGACGAGAUACCAUGGCAGAUGGAUUUGUCCAUUUUACAUAUAAUGCGACCCCCAUGAAAAUUAUUCCGUCUGCAGGCGAUCUGGGUCGUGUUCGUCUUCUAUUUGCUGUCUGGAUGAUGCUUUCUUAAUUGCACUGAUCGUUGCGUCGGGCUAUCAUAAAUAUGCCUGUGCGGAUGGUAAUUUGAUAUCGUCGGUCGGUACUUUCGCAUAUCCUGUCGCUUUUUAAAGACACCAAGCCGACCGUCAGGCAUCCACCUAACUCGGCCAGUCCAGGCCUACUUUUGUGUGCUUGAGAAAAUACCCUUUCUUCCAGGAUGUAAUCUGUAACGGUCAAAUUAGCUGACUUGGCCAGGUGCCAUUGGAUCACUCGGUCGCUGAACCUCAAUUUGGUAUCACCUCCAUUACUUGCCCAGUUAUUUCCCUUUCUUUAAUGUAACGUCCCUCGUAUUUUGCUAAUGACUUUUUUCAAAUGAGUUGACGAAAGUCAACUGGCAGUCGUACGUUCACAAAAUUCAAGGGUAAUCUUCCCAUCUAGCCAUUUUCUGUUAACCAAUAGGUUAUUUCAUGUCAUUACACGUUUUCCAGAUGAUAUGAAUAUUUUUACUUUUUUUAAAGAAUUAUGAAGACUACGUCCAACAAGUUAGCCGUGGACUCCAGCCUAACCUAACGUCCCUUGUAAGUUGGUUAAAUCAGUCGACCUUCUAUAAUUAAUCGUUAUUAAAGUAUUGCGAGCAUUGCUCAGCUGACUUCCUGGUUGUUUAGAUUAGGACCUUAGGUCGUUGGUGUUUUCGUUGAUUAUCGCUAGGAUGUGCAUGCUCAAUCGCCCACUUUGCUCAAGACGAUUUUCUCCACAAAUCACCCAGGGCUUAGACUUCCGAUUUGUCUCCUUCUAGCGUCCUGAUGAUCAAAUGAGGAGCCUCCUAUCGAACAGUGGAGACGACGAUCGCCGCGUGAGUUUAGUUCCAAGUUGUACUUUGCUGUCACCCCGCAUAGUUUGCCGUCACUUCCAUUCAUUUCUGGCGGGAUGCACGUCCACCUUAGCGUGUCGCUGAAUUCCCGAGAUUUACGCUCUACCGCCGCAAAGACGUAGUUAGAUUUCUCUUGCAUCUGAGCUCCAGACCACUCCUUUAAGCGCCACUACCAAAAGUGUUUUUUGUUCUUUCUCACUUCGUCCGCUUUGUUUUAGUACGAAGAGCGAGUAGAUGCAUUCCUGCGUAAUCUCCGUUCCGGAAAGUCGCGUAGCCGAACGUUUUCACCCUCGCCAUCACCUCCGCCUCCUCGUCGGCACCAUCAUCAUCAUCCGGAGGACUCACACUCGUCUCGAGGUCAAGCUGACUAUCGAUACGGCGGCAGCAGUUCGGGCGGUCAACGCGGUCGCAGGUCGCCGGUUGAACACUUCAGGGCCAGUAGGUCACGCCGACGCGGCGACUACGGGACUGCUGAGGAUGAUGAUGAUGACUUCCUGGAGCACAACCCCUACAUCCGUGCCCAGGGCGUGUCUUCCCGUGGACGUCGCAGUCGGUCGCGCAGUGACAAUCGCCAUCACCGUCACUUUGAUUACGAGGACCACGAGGUGGCGGAGGAGGAGGACGAUGUACUGGCUGAGGCCGACGACUACCGUUGGCAGACAAACAGCCUGCUACGAACUCCACGCUCUGGCGGCGCAAGACUCGCCCGCCAGAGAAGUCGGUCCUACUCGCGCAGCCGUGGCCGCCAACAUCGUUGA